AUGGUCCUCAAGCUUUAUGGCCUUUACAGAUCUACAUGCACGCAACGAGUUGUGACUACUCUUUUUGAGAAGGGUCUUUCCUUUGAAUACAUUCCUGUGAAUUUGUAUAAGGGAGAACAAAAACAACCAUCCUUCUUGGAGAAACAACCUUUUGGAGUGGUUCCACUUCUGGACGAUGAUGGCUUCUUGAUCUAUGAAUCACGUGCCAUUUGUCGAUAUUUGGAAGCAAAAUUCAAGAAUCAAGGAACUCUAUUAAUUCCAGAAAGUACCAACGUUAAAGAAUUGGGAAUAUUCGAACAAGGUGCAUCGAUUGAGAUUUCAUACUUUGAUUCCGUUGCUUCUCCUCUUGUUUUUGAAUUGGUAUGGAAAGGUAUGAAAGGAUUAGGAGCUCCCGAUGAAGAACGUGUCAAGUUUUUCACUCAAAAACUUGCUCAGAAUUUGGAUGUCUAUGAAAAGAUUCUGACUCAACAAGAAUUUGUGGGUGGCAAUCAAUUCACGUUGGCCGAUUUGUAUCAUUUACCUGUUGGAAAUUAUUUAUUCCAUUCUCAGGUGAAUUUAGGAAGAUUGAUUGAGGAACGACCUCAUGUGAAAGCUUGGUGGGAAAAGAUUGCUGCUCGUGACUCAUGGAAACAAGCGUUGGCCAAUGCAAGUCAAUAA